UCCAAAACUAUUUACAGGAUUGGAAAUGCAAAAUGGAAGAAAUUUCUGAAAUCAAAAAGUUGACCUAGGAGGUUGAAAUUGAAAAAUAAAAAUCGAGAGCCAAAAAAAAGAGGCAAUUGAGAAAAUAACAAAAAUGUCACAUGAAAGCAGCUAAAGAAAUUGAAAAUUUUACUGACGCCACUUUCUACUAAUGAAGACACCAAACUAGAAGACGAAGUCACCAAGUAGCACUGGUUUUCUUGCUGUGCUCUUGAAAUAAGGGGGGAGUAGAUUUGUACAUCUUUGACAAUAUUUAUCUUUGCUGCAUGAGAGUGGAUGCUUUAGAUUUAUGAAAUUAUUCGUGUUAAGAAUCUACGUAGAGGAUCAUUGCUCUCAAUUCUUUCUCAUAAUUGUUGGGUACAAACACCAAACUAGAAGACGAAGUCACCAAGCAACAUUGGUUUUCUUGAUGUGCUCUUGAAAUGAGGGGGGAGUAGAUUUGUACAUCAUUGACAGUGAUUUAUCGUUGUGCUGCAUGAGAGUGGAUGCUUUAGAUUUAUGAAAUUAUUCAUGUGAAGAAUCUACGUUGAGCAUCAUUGCUUUCUUUUUUUCCUCAUAGUUGUUCAUGCAAAGGACCUGAAUCGAAUAAAAGCGACGCCUCAACCCUAAAGAUAAAAUCAAACAUUUUCAUGAGGGUAGUGGUGGUCACGUAAGCUUUUCAAAACAGUGAGCAUUCAGAGAGAUUACCAUCCAACGAGGGUCAAAUACAGAGGUUAACGUCGAAGAGAGCCAAAGCAGCUUUCUCAAAUAGAGGGUCAAAAAAGCAAUCUCAAAUGCUUUUCAAAAACAGAGAGCAGCCGUAGAGAGACAUUACCGUCCAAGAGGGCCAAAGAAGCAAAUCUCAAAUGCUUUCCAAAACUUUGAGCAGAGACAUGGCCAUCCAAAGAGGGUCAAAGAAGCAAUCUCAACUGCACAGUAGUAAUGGCCCUGCUAUCCAAAUCAAACAAUUCCAGAGCACGCACUUGUUUGUCAGUAUAAUUAUUAAUUUAUUAGAAGAAACAUAAAGGAGCUAAAAUAUAAAUAUAAAAUAUUCCAAUUCUAACCACCAUGUCUCCUGGAUAAGAGUACGAAACAACAGACUUUAUGAGAGACGGUGCAACUUUAAAACAAAAAGAAACCUAAACCUAUAAAUGGAAAGAGAUCAGACGUAUAGCAAAAGAAGGGAAACGUCAACAAUUUUGAAGAACACCAACCUUGAAAAAGAACACAUCUUAUAAAUAGAUUACUUCUACAUUUUCUCUAACUGCACAAUGUGUGUAAUCUUGGAAGAAGACAAAAACAGAACAAAGGAUAAAAGUCAAAUUUGGAGGUGGUUCGAACAGUUCGCUGGAUAUCUUUGAUGUUCCUCUCAAGAAUAACACAGUGGAGUUUCUUCGGCACGAUCCCUCUGUAUACAGUGGAACCUAUAGUGGUGCCCUUUAUUAUAACAACUUACCUUAAUCCAUUUUGUAGCAUUUUUCUCUAUUGCUGUCAAUUCAUUUAUUCCAGUCUCGAAUAAUAAUGUAAAGUAAUAUCAACUUGUAAGGGACUUGUAUGUUAUAAUAUUGGCUCAUCCCAUGUCGUCGAUUUUUGACUCACAUCGAAUUAAGAAAGUAAGAGGAGAUGAUUCUGUAUGCUUGUCCAGUCAUUUCUAAUGAUCUUGAAGAGGGGGACACUUUCCACCCGCGAAUGAAUUAAGUAUCUGGUGUCUUUGAAAAUGACAGGGAUGCGAUUCACUGCUGACACUUCCCACAGCCAUGUUGUAGGUUUACUUCAUUGCUAGUAGUUUUCACUUCCUUUAUAUAUAUGUUGCCAUUCGAGCGCUCUUCUUUAUCCAUCAUGGCCUGCAUAAUGAAGCUUUACAAAGCUUUGAAGGGUGCGGCAAUUAGCCAUCAAGUCCUGUUGGCAAUGACUUUCAUUCAGUUUGGUUUUGCAGGGAUGACCUUAAUAUCAAAGGCAGCGCUAAAUGCUGGGAUGAACCCUUUAGUGUUCAAUGCCUAUCGGCAAAUGAUUGCCACGCUUGUGUUGGCACUCCUUGUUCUCUUGAUGGAGAGGAAGAAGAGCGGAUCGGUGUCAUUCAGCCUCUUCUGCAAGAUUUUUGUGGCUGCUUUAUUAGGGCCAACAUUAAGCUUGGAUCUAUACUACGUAGCACUCCAUUUAACCUCAGCAACAUUUGCAGCUGCUAUUCUCAAUUCCAUUCCAGUUGUCACAUUUUUCUUAGCUAUCAUUAUGGGGUUGGAGGCUGUAGGUUGGAGAUCAUUCUAUGGUGGACUAAAGAUCCUUGGAAUAGUCAUAACUGUUGGAGGAGCCAUGCUGCUUAGCUUCUACCGAAGACCUUCGACGAGACAUCCUAACUCGCCAAGUCCUGGCAGCAACGAUGGAACAUUCUUUGUUAAUAAAUUGGAGGGUAGAACGAGAUUGAUCUUAGGACCUGUUCUAAUGUUCCUUUCUGCCACAGCUUGGUCAACAUGGCUUGUCGUUCAAUCAAAAUUGCUGGAGCUUUAUCCAGCCAGGUUACGCCUCUCCACUCUACAGUGUCUCAUCAGUUCUGUGCAAUCUACUAUUAUAGCUGCAGCCUUGGAGCGAGAACGUAACUCAUGGAAGAUAAGAUGGGAUAUUCAACUUGCUUCCCUUGCGUAUUGUGGUGUAUUCGUAACUGGGGCUGCAUAUGGACUCCAAAUUUGGUGUAUAGAGAAGAAAGGGCCGUUUUACGUUUCCAUGUUUUCUCCACUUGCAUUGGUUUUAACUGCCAUCUUCUCAGCAAUUUUAUGGGCUGAACGAUUGAACUGGCAAAGUAUAUUGGGAGGCAUUCUGAUUGUUGGAGGUCUUUAUGGUGUCCUGUGGGGAAGAAGCAAGCAUGUUGCUACACUGAUUGUGAAUUCCACUAGCUUAAGAAAGAGGUGUCAUUCUUCCACACGAGACAGAGAAUUUAUUAUAGAAGAAGUGGCUGAGAUUGAUCCUUUGUUACUAUUUAAAGGGAAAAAUGAUGAACUAUUUUCUCUUCCAUUGCAGUGGAAGCAAUUCUUAACCAUGCAAGCCUGUGCUCCAUAUGCAGCGAUGUUACUAGUUCAAUUCGCUUAUGGAGGAUCUAAUAUCCUCAUGAAAAUUGCUCUUGAGAAGGGACUGAAUCAAAUAGUAUUUGUGGUUUACCGUCAUGUCAUUGCAGUGAUUUUGUUGGGCCCUUUUGCUUAUGUAAUUGAAAGGAAGCAGCGCCCUUCGCUUUCAUUGUCAGUGAUCAUAAAGAUUUUUGUUCUUUCAUCACUAGGAACUACCAUCCAUCUUAAUGUUUACUAUGCUGGUUUAGCAUACACUUCUCCGACAGUUGCAAGUGCGUUGAGUAAUGUUAUCCCGAGCUUGACAUUCAUCAUGGCAGUUUUACUCGGGAUGGAGAAAGUGAAGACUGAAAGCCCUAGAGGAUGGGCGAAAAUGUUGGGCACCGCUAUUUGCAUAAGUGGCUCUCUGGUUUUUACCUUCUGGAAAGGAGGAUAUCUGUUUAAAAGUUUUGAGAACAGAGCAUUAAUAAACAUCUAUAGCACCAAAGGUUCUGCUGGUGAAUACAGGCAUGCUAAAGAAAACUGGAUUAAAGGUUCUGCACUUAUUCUUACCAGUCAUGUUGCGUGGAGUGCAUGGCUAAUUCUCCAGGCUGUGGUUUACAAAGUCUAUCCAGCUCGUUUAUCGCUGAACACUUUGAUUUGCUUCUUCGCAUCAAUCCAAUCUUCUUUUCUUGCGCUGGUUUUCGCAAGAACUACUGCAAUAUGGAAGCUGGACUGGAAUGUGCAGCUCCUGACCAUUAUAUACUGUGGAGUUGUGAUCUCAGCAUUAGGCUACUACCUGCAAACCUGGUGUAUUAGUCACAAGGGGCCAGUUUUUGUAGCUAUGUUCAGUCCACUACUACUUGUCAUUGUUGGACUAUUCUCAGCAUUUGCAUUUGCGGAGAGACUUCAUUUGGGCAGCUUGAUUGGAACAGGUCUCAUUGUAGUGGGUCUCUACUGUGUACUGUGGGGUAAAAGGCAAGACAAUAGCGCUGCUCAGAAGCCUGAUGAAAGAAGAGGCUUGGCUAAUGGUAAAACAUUGGAAAUUUCCAUAAAUGACUACCCACUGACAAAUCCUGACACAAGCGGAAGGAAGUGAAGUUUCAGACUUACCUAGACUAAUUCAAAUGCAAGACUGUCAGCAAUUAUCAAUGUGGCUUUUGAAGUCUCAGUGGUAUCUUGUAUUUGAAUAAACUUCACCAAACACACUUCUUUUCUACUCAUCAACAAACAGUGAUAAAUGGGAUCUCUUGCUAAUUGCUGACAAAGGAUCCACCAAAUACAAUGACUAGUUAGUGGGAGUUAAUGCCCUGAGGCAUCGUCCAUUUGCCUAGUAAUAGUAAUGUUGUGAUGAAUGGACUAUUUCGUUUCAGUGUACUGGGUGGUAUUCUUAUUGAUGGAGGUCUUUAUGGUGUCCUGUGGGGGAGAAGCAAGGCUGAGAAACAAGAAAUACAUAAUAGUGGAUCUCCAGCAGAGAAAUCUUCCGAUAUCGAAAAAGACUGUUUUCUGUGCUUUUGUUUCUCUCAUAUAUAAAGUGGAGUGGCAUGUUAUAUCAAUUAAACUGCUUCUCUGACUGACAA